AUGUCUAUCGCGCAGGCUACAGUUGAACUCGCCGCGGAAUCCGGUCUGGAUCUCAAUGCAACGGACGACCAUGGUAACACACUUUUGGCAUUGGCGGCAAAACACGGCAAUAUUUUACUGGCAAAGCAAAUUUUGGGAUACCAUCGCCUGAAGGUCAAUGCAAAAAACUACUGUGGUAGAACUCCUCUUGCCCAAGCAGCGACAUGGGGACACAUCGGUGUUGUGGCUUUGCUUCUUCAAAAUAGCGCGGUUGAUGUGAAUUCUGAAGACAAUUAUGGAAAUACUCCAUUGGCCCUUGCCGCUGAGGAAGGAUACGAAAUCGUAAUAAAAGCCUUGCUUGAGCGGGAAGAAAUCCAAGCAGACUCGAGAAACGUUUUCAACGCCACGCCGUUGGCAUUGGCAGCUGAGCGAGGACAUGAAGCUGUGGUGGUCUGCCUACUCAAUCGUCACGACGUGGAAGCCGACUCAGUUGAUAAGGAGGGUUGCACACCUCUCUCUCGGGCCGCGGCAAUGGGAUUUGAGGACAUAGUCCGCAUAUUCCUCGGCCGACCAGACGUGGAAGUCAACUCAAAAGACAGAGACGGCUAUACUCCUCUGGCAUGGGCGGCGAGAAGAGGCCACGGCGCGGUCGUUCGAGCGCUACUCGAGGGAGGUAAAUUGGAGAUUGAAUCGAAAGAUAAUGACGGGAAUACAGCUCUUAUGCUAGCAAGGGAGGAAGGGCACGAAGAAGUCGUACAACUACUGGUUGAAGCAGUUGAAGCAGAGUACUGCUAG